AUGACAACUGAUGGAUCGCCGUAUAUGAUAAAAAACAAAGAAAUGGUGACAAAAGAAAAGAAAAUGAUGAGAAAGAAUCGAACUGGCUCAAUGCCGCCACCUGUUCAAUUAGCUAAAGUACAGAGAAAUGUCAAUUCGGAUGUUCCAACUCCGUAUGAAAUUCGACAAAUGAUGGAGAAACGCUUUGAGAAUGAAGAUUUUUCGAGGGAAAUUUCAUCGGAAACUGAAGAAGAAACGGACAAAUUGCAGACGAAAUUGAACGAUAUCGAGGAAUCGAUUCAUCAAGUUGAACGCCGACUUUUAUUCAAUCCUCAAUUGACAAUCCCAUUCACUAAACAAGCUCAAAUUCACUACAAGAAACGAAGCUCGACAUUGACUGAAAACUCAAAUUCUAGUCAAGAAACAAGUCCCAAAUCUAGAGCGAAAUUUUUCCGGAAAAAGGCUGAGAAUUUGUCGAAUUCACAAACGACUCUUGAAUCGGAGGUGAAAAAGAAUUUGGAAAGGAAACGAGCAUUGACAGCACAGUUGAGCUCGAGUUCUGAAGAUUCGGGAAUCGGUCGAAGAUUGAGUUUGGAUGGAGAAAACGAUGGAGAACAAGGGAAUGGGGAAAAGCAAAAGAAAAAGAAGGAAAAAACGAAGUCACUUGUGAAAAAGUUCACGACAAGAGCUCGCAGUCGAUCACUCGGAUUUCUCUUUGGUGAGUUCUUAGAGCUG